CGCCAUUGGCCCGCGUUCGCCCCGCUCACCGUUGCUGCGGGAAGACCCGAGCGGGUAAGAUGGCAGCGCCGGCUGUGGGUGUGUAGAGCACUGCUGGAAGUUAACGAAGAGAAUGAAAGGGAACUUCUUCAUUAAAGGUGGACAGAGACUGUAAGAUGCACCGGCGGAUAAGACACACCAAGAUUUCAAAGAGAACAAAACCUUUGAGAUUUCUAUCAGAGACAUUGGAUUCCUGACUCGCAAACUCUACCAACGUAUAUUUUGCCAUAAUAUUCAAAAAUUGCUGAUGCAAGAAAUCAACUUUCUGCGCUUUGUGAUGUAACACAAAGCUUGAAGAUUCCAGGAAGGUGAACAAUGGUCUAUCUCACUUCAUGAACAAAAUUGGAUAUUUUACCAUUUUUAAAAACAACAGUGUUUCAGUGUAUCAUCGUAUCUACUUUUGAAAAAAUCUCCCCUUUUUCUUUGUCCAUAUUGAUGAAGGUCAAUAUUUUAGGAGGAGCUUUUGACAGUAAAUUAAAGAACAAAAAGGAAAAUAUAAAGUAUAAGAUAACAUUAAUUUUGAAUUAAAGAAAACAGGAACUCCAAGAGGACUAAAUUCAAUGUUUUUAUCCAUUGAUGAAAUCAAUUUUGAGUAUUUUUAUGAAUAUUUAUUAUUGUACAUUUCCCCAAACCUCCAUGGAUGGAAUUAGUUUCUUGAAUAUUUUAUGACAGAUUAGCACACAAUCCUUGAAUGAAUUGUUUGAAAAUCUAUGAAUGAGUAAAGGUUAUGUUUUAGGCACUAUAAAAUGAACUGUUGUGUACAUCCCAUGAUAUAUUUUCCCCACAACCCAAACCCUGCAAGGAAAACAAAAUGUCCAGAAGACCUCAAAUUCACCUCUUCUUUGGCGCACCCAUUCUUUCCACUGCUCCAAGCAGCCCCAAAGGAGAGAAUGAUUCUUCGGCUAAUGAGAAACCAUGGAGAGAAUUACACCUUUCAUUUACCAAUGAGACUUCUAACCUUUGUAUCACAAACUUGAGCUCUCUUGAACAUGAGUCUGCAAAUGAUGCAGUUUUGAUUGUCCAUUCCAAAGAUCACUUCCCAGUAAACUUUGAAAAAAGAGGUGGCUCAGUGAAUGAUGAUUGUGCAACAUCGGUUGGAUGUGUCAAAUCCUUCAGCCAUAAAAAGAAGGUCCUGGGUGAGUCACGUGACGGUGGUUCUGUCUGCAGUGGUAUAAGCAGAGGGAACCAGAAAAAACACCAUGUAGCUCAACAAAGCAAAAAGGAUUAUAUCAAAGGAGAUGCUAAUUGUAUCAUAGAUAGCUGUCUUGAGUCUUCUCCCUUGGUUUUUGAGGUGAAAGACUUAAAAAAUUGUGUGGUAGUUAAUCACAACCCGUCUUAUCUUCAGUCGGAACCUCAGGGUGAAAAUCUACUCCUGAGUCAGUAUCUGAAAAGAUGUUCACAAAAAGCAGAUGAAUCGAAACCCAGAAGCGUACUAGAUGUACCUUCAAAUCUUGACCUAUCCACAGACAAUGAAUUCCUUAGUAUUCUGACUUUAAGUCAAGUAGCUCUCUGUUCAGGACAAUAUGCCGUAGGACAGAAUGAAAUGCAAAAUAAACCUACAGCAGGGGAAGGAGUAGAAUUGGCCCUACCUUGUAGGGAAGACAUAGAAGAUGGAGAACCUCUACGUAAAUCAAAUGAAGAUGGUGAUACGGCGGCAAAGAAAGUUGACACAAACUGUGAAGCUGACUCUGAUUGUUCCAUUCAACUCUUUGAUUCAGAUAACUCAAGCCAAGAUAACUCAGAUUUCAAAAAAUGUAGUCCUCUGUCUUCACCUGUUAACAACGAAGGACAGGACCUUAAACCCCAACAGAAAAGACAGUUAUGUCCUCCAGAAGACCACCAUGCUGAAAGAUCUCAAGAAACUGAUGAUAAUGUGAUGACUUCUCGCUUUACUUCUGGAGAUCAGCAGCUAUCCAAAAGAAUCAAAUUAGCAUCGUCUCCUCUUUGCCCAGUUAAAACAACGAGGAUCCUGGGAAUUGAAAAAGCUCAGAAGCAGCUGUCAUUGCUCAAGGAUUGUGUUGAGAAGAGCCGGAAGUUCUCUGUCUUGGUUGUAGUGCUACAUCCUUGUCAUAUCAAAGAAAUCAAGACGGGAAGUACCGCAUCCUGCAAAGUCCCCUUAGCCACAGUUGUUGUUGCUGAUCAGUCAGAAGUGAGACAGAAGGUUGUGUUGUGGAGAGCAGCAGCAUUUUUAUCACUUACCGUCUUUCCUGGAGACAUCGUACUCUUCACAGAUGUUGUUGUUUGCGAGAACCGUUGGGUUGGAGAAAUGAUGCUGCAAUCAACUUUUACAACCAAACUGGUCAAUCUUGGAAGCUGUUCAGCUAUUAAUCCUAAAGAGGCCUCCCAUAUAGUAGACUGGCGUCGUCUCCAGGAUUUGCUGACCUACGUUUGUACAAAACACAGCCCUCUUCACGCUCUCCCUCCAAGGCCAAGGCAGAGCCUGGACCACGUUCCGCGUGUCCUUCUAAGUUGGCUCAAACCAGAUACUUUGGUGCAUGCGGUGUUGAGAGUGAUCAACAUUGCAGUGUUGAGAGAAUCCGUGUAUAGUUUUAAAGGAGAAAAGCAAAGUAAAAUCGUCUUAACAGUGGAACAAAUCAAGGGCCAACCUUAUGCCUUGGUCGUUUGGGGUGAUGCAGCCACCCAGUGUCUUCAGCUUCAGAGGAAAAAAGAUCAUAUUUGGGAAUUUAGGUAUCUCUUGGUAAAACACCACCCCGUCUCUGGGGACUUGGAGCUGCACACGACCCCUUGGUCGGUCAUAGAGUGCCUUUUCGACGACGAUGAAAGAGCUCUGGCCUUCAAAGAGAAGUUUGAAAUGAAGGCGUCGAUGAAGAUGACUACUCUGGCUUCCCAUCUAGAAGAAAAAAGUUCGGGAAUAAUCCAAGUGAAGGCCUGUGUUUCAAAGCUCAGCUUUACAGAUGCUUCCCUCUCUCAUGGACAGCUGGUCUUUGACGCUGAUACUUCCCUGGAGCACAUAUUCGCUUCUCUUCCCCUGAUCACCUACAAGGGGUGUGGAAAAUGUGGCCGUGAACGACAGACAGAUGACAAUGAGAUCUACAAAGAGUGCCUUACCUGCUUACCUUUGAACCAAGUCAAAGUCUUUUACAGACCUGCUGUGAUGACUGUUGAGGAGGGGGACUAUGAGAUCUCUGUUCGGGUGGGACCUGAAUUGAUGGAGAAGAUAUUCCUUAACAUUCCUGCAGCAUGGCUGAAGAAGGUUGUAGAACGUCCCUCAGACACCACCUACGGGAUGCUGGUGGCCGAUCUCUGCCAUUCUCUGCUCACCGACUCCAAGGCAUCCUACCUUCUCACUAUCAAGAGCCAUUUUGUCCUGGAUGAAAACAGUUUUCCUCUGGAGAAGGACUUCCAGCUGUUGGAGUUCCACCUUGAUCUCUGAAGCAGCCACUUCUAAUGAGGUUCCUCACCAGGGGUAGGCUGCUGGGGGUUCGCAUGGGUUCGGACGAUCCCCUAGCUAGGAUUCUGCCCAGUUUGGUGAACCCCCAAA